AGAACCGUCAAUGCGGUCCCGCACCUUGGCGCGCACAUCAUUUAUAAAUGAUCGUGGUGCCAUGAAGGUUCAUUACUCAUACACACCCUCACCUUGGUGGCCAUGUCUUCCAGAGAUCUUGCCAAUAUUGAGGAUUUGAAAGAGUACCUGAAGGGAACACCAUUUGUUUCUUCCGGAAUUGACGUGCUCACUGGUGGCACAGGAAAUUUUACUUGUCGUCUGCAAUUAAUAUCGCCACAUGAAGGCCAACCGACGCUGGUACUCAAGCAUGCAAAACCAUAUGUUUUUACAUCGGAGAACAGGUUUCCUUUCUCGCUUGAACGACAGAAAUUCGAGGUGGAGGCACUGAGAAUUGUUCGAGAAUGCAUGCCUAAGAACUCGCUUGUGACGGUACCGAAAGUGCAUCUCUUUGAUGAGAAGGAAUCCGUUAUCAUCAUGGACGACUGCGGGGAUCAGUCGACAACCCUGAAGCAGUUUGUCCUGGAUGGUAAAUGCACAUUGGACGUCGCCGAAACCAUAGGCUCAGAAUUAGGGAUUUUCUUGCGCCAAUUGCAUGAUAUUCUUAACCGGGAACGUCAUCCAGCUGUCUGCGAUUUGUUUGAAGGUAAUGUGGAAGGGAAGCGGAUUUCGGCUUGGGCAACCUAUGGUCGGCUUAUGUCGACGUUGAAGGGGGAAGCAGAGCUGCCUGCCUUCGAUCCGCCAUUGACUAUUGGGGAUGACGAGAUGAAGGUGAUUUCGAAGGUUGGAGAGAAGAUGUCUUCUAUGAUUCUUGAGGCCAGAGAUACGUUCGUGAUGGGUGAUUUUUGGCCUGGAAAUAUUCUGCUAUCAUUCGAUUCUCAUACCGGCGUUGUGAAGAAAAUCAAUGUCAUUGAUUGGGAGUUGUCCAAAACUGGAUUACCCGGAUUAGAUUUGGGCCAGUUUACUGCAGAAGUGGAUCUGCUUCGGAGGUUUUGUCCUUCGUUUAAGACUGCUGGUACCAAGAUGUUAUCGGCUUUUUAUGGUUCAUACUCAGCAGAGGAGGAUAUCACUCGGAUGGCAAUGUUCCACUGGGGAGCCCAUUUAAUCGCUUGGACGCCUCGUGUGCCUUGGGGGAGCAGUGAAGAGACACGAGAAAUGGUAGCUAAAGGCAUCAAACUCAUUGUGGCCGUAUACUGGGCUAUUAACAUGGAGCCCAGUCCAACGAGGGUGUAUCUACCGUCUUCAUUUCCAUAUCCUAUCAAGAUUUCAUCCAUCGACACUGCCGCUUCAUCUGAUAUAGCUCGUGGAACACGUCUGCUCAGCUAUUCUUUUGUUUAUCUCGGCCAAGCCCCGGGAUCUCAGCCCGAGACCCGCUUUGGAACUUGGGACUCUGCCAUCGACGGCACUCUUCAGACUUGGAAUAUCAAUGUCGGGGAUGUGAUUUCCCAGAGAAAGGCCAAAGAGAAGCCAGUAGCGGUCGUCAUUGAACCUUGCAAACAUGGCAUGCAGCUUCAUGGUCUCUGUGUCCUCUGUGGAAAGGAUAUGACCAAUAUCGAUUACAUAGGCUUCUCCGAUACAUCCAGGGCAUCUAUUCAGAUGACACAUUCAGCCUCCGGACCUACCGUCUCGCUUGAAGAAGCUCAGCGGAUAGAACGCGAGACAGCUCGGCGAUUGCUCAAGGAUCGAAAACUUUCUCUCAUAGUCGACUUAGACCAAACAAUAGUGCACGCCACAGUAGACCCAACUGUUGGCGAAUGGAUAGCUGAAGGCGAGGCUUGGGAAGCUAGGCGUGCAGCGAAAGGCUCAGAAGAUAAUCAUGAUCCUGACGACCAUUGCAAUCCAAAUUGGGAUGCUCUCAAAGAUGUCAAGAAGUUUAGACUGGGCCCCGAGACCCUAGGAAGUGCAUCUCGAGCUAAAGGAAAGUUAUUGUCGAACAAGGGCGUCGAAAAUGACGGUUGUAUCUAUUACAUCAAACCCAGACCUUGCUGGCAGGAUUUUUUAAAGGAAAUGGCAGAAUUGUUCGAAAUGCAUGUGUACACUAUGGGAACUCGUGCUUACGCUGAAGAAGUAUGUGCAGCAAUAGACCCUGAUGGAAAGGCAUUUGGAGGCCGAAUAUUAAGUCGAGAUGAGAGCGGCAGUCUUACACAAAAGAGCCUCCAGAGACUGUUUCCGUGCGACACAUCGAUGGUGGUCAUCAUUGACGAUCGUGCGGACGUUUGGGAAUGGAGUCCCAAUUUGCUGAAAGUUAUUCCAUUUGAUUUCUUCGUAGGGAUUGGGGAUAUCAACUCGACAUUCCUACCCAAAGUCGAACCGCUCACAGUUUCCACCCCACCUUCCCCGUCUACUGUCGAAGCAUCUUCUUCUGCUUCCACUGAGACAGGUUUCACUCCUGAGGAAAUCGAACGUUCGGAAGCAGAGAAGAAAACGAUGCUCAGCAAGAACUCUGAAACCCUGAAUGCGCAAGUUCAGGAGCGUCCUUUGGCCAAGAUGCAGGAGGAAUUGAAACAAUUUACCGCCGCUGAUGGAUCACUCUCGAAAACAGAAACGAUUUCUUCCGAUAAACCUGGAGUGGAAGAGAAGCAGCCGAAAGAAGUAGAAAAUGGGAACGAAAAAGAACAAGACAGUAAAAAGGACCAGCAGAAGAAAUCGGAGGACAAGAUUGAUAGCCACGAUACUGAUUCCAAGCAACUCACCAAGCCAGAGAAAGCACCUCCUCGGAAAGCGUUGCUAGAGAAUAACGACGCCGAAUUAAUACGAGUUAACGAGAUAUUGAGUGAAAUACAUUACAAGUUCUAUAAUGCGUACGACGCACACUCUAAAAAAUCUGGAGACCCACCACAAAAACGAAAGUCUGGAUCAUCAAAAUCCAACAAACCCUUGUAUGAUGUUACGCGAAUCAUCCCCGAAAUUCGCGCCAACGUAUUGCAAGGCGUGAAUCUUUUAUUUUCCAGUGUCAUACCGCUUGACACUAGACCAGAAAGUACAGAAAUUUGGCGGAUGGCUCUCAUGUUCGGUGCAAAAUGCUCGACAGAACUGAGUCCCGACACAACACACGUAGUUGCAGCCAAGAGGGGUACAGUUAAGGUAGAUGCGGCUCGUCGGCGUGGCAAUAUCAAAGUUGUGUGGCUGCAAUGGUUCACCGAUUCCGUUGCCCUUUGGCAGCGACAAGACGAGACGAGGUACCUCUUGGACUUGCCUCCUGCAGCCGGUCCGAGCACUAGCCCGCCCACGGCAUCAUCUGAUCUGGAUAUAGAUAUCGAUGAUGAGGACUGGGAUCUAGACAGUCCACCCACAAGCGGGGGCGUGGCGCUCGGAGUAAGUCAAAAUGCAGGAUUUCAUGCAAACGAAAUAAAUUGGAAUGACAUUAAUGACGAGGUAGAGGCGGCCAUGAUGGAGAGUGACGAUGAAGAGGAGGAGGAAGAGGCGAACAGUGUAAAAAGUGAUAGGAGCGGCAUUCGCAGUGAAAACGCGAGCGAAGAGGAAUGGUCUGACGAGUCAAACAGUGUUGCAAGUACCAACAACACGCCCAAAAGCAAACGGAAACGGUUGCGUAGUCUGACUCCUUCCGAAACACCGGGUAUCAAUGGUGACGCAGACGGUUUACGGUCACCAUUAUCCAAAAGGAAGAAAGUCGCCGCGGACCGUUCAAAGAUGUCGAAACUUAAGGUCGCAAUACACGCAGACGACCUUCGCGCCGACAAUCUUCGUCGCACUGCUUCGCGAGAACCGAGCGCAAGUCCCGUGGUUAGGGUAGCGGGGUCGCGAGUGAAUAGUCCCGAAAACGAUAGUGAUAUGGAGGAAGUAACAGGACCUUUGGGUGACGAAGGUGAAAAUGAGAAUUACGAUGAAAGUGGAGCGGAGAGCGCAGAAGAAGAUUUCCUGGCGAAAGAGAUGGAAAAUGAAUGGGGAUAGUGUCUUGUCGUUGUAUGUCCUGAUGUCACCCCGCUGUUGUUCCUCUGUUAUAUCAUCCAUCUGUCUAAUGCUUCUUUCUGUCGCUAUCUGUCUUCGCGUAUUCAUCAUCUUCUGCAUCGGGUCUUUUUGGGUUGGCGUCGCUUUUUUAUCUGCUGUCUGCAGUCAUUAUAACUUUUUCCAUCAUUCUCCUAUUCCCAUCGGUCAAAUCAUGGAAUGUCCUCAUUGCUACUAUAAAUUUAGGCUAUACAUUUGUAUUGUAUGAUAACUUAUUGGCAUAACAUAUGUACAUAGGUUGUAGAUAAAUAUGUCUAUGUACUUCAGAAUGCA